CAGCCAUGGCAAAACACUGGAAAUGGGAGGAUGAUCCUACCCCACUAAUUAUGGCAAUUAAAUUAUUAUUUUUUUAUUUUUGCAAAGGAAAUACAUUGAAAAGGGGGUGGGUUUUGUCUUCUUCUGGAUCGUCCCAAACGUCUCAAAGCCGACGGACUCGACGCCGACAGAGGGGGGCGGCGCGGUGUGUGCUUCGUCUCCGGGGCUGGACGGGUGGGGGACGCUCCCCAUACCGUCUAGCCUUAAGCUUGGCUUGUUUCUAGCUUUUAGCGUGUCGAUCUCGAGGAGCUCACCAGCUAUUUGCUCGUUUACACCUCUAGUUCUGGAGGUGAGUAGGUGACUGUGGAAUAGUGGAUGAUACUGUCAUGUCAUUUCAAUCAUUAAACAGAAAGGGAUCAUCAAGUAGAAAAGGGAACAUGGGGAAGGUAGAGAAGGUGGUUGUUGCGGUUAAAGCUUCUAAGGAAAUCCCGAAAACCGCUUUGGUUUGGGCGUUAACUCACGUGGCUCAACCGGGGCAUUGCGUUACAUUGCUCGUGGUCUGCCAUUCGCAAAGCACCGGCAGAAAGCUGUGGGCUUUUCCAAGAUUUUCAGGAGAUUGUGCUAGUGUUCACCGGAAGUCUAUUGCGGAAACAAGUUCAGAUCAGAAAGUCGAUAUUACUGAUUCUUGCUCGCAAAUGAUUCUUCAACUUCAUAAUGUGUAUGAUCCAAAUAAGGUAAAUGUGAAGAUUAAAGUUGUUUCUGGAACACAAUGUGGAGUAGUUGCUGCAGAGGCCAAAAAAAUACAUGCUAGUUGGGUCGUUUUGGACAAAAAUCUUAAACAUGAACAGAAGUCAUGUAUGGAAGAAUUGCAAUGCAACGUUGUCAUAAUGAAGAAAUCACAGCCAAAAGUUCUUCGCUUAAGUUUAACUGGAUCUCCGGUAAACGAAACCAAACCGAAUUGUCCAACACUUUCCAGUGCAGAAAAAUCAUCCGAAAAUCAAGAAAUUAACAAGAUAAACAACAACUCAAAACCCGUUGUUACUCCAACAAGUAGUCCUGAAAUAUUCACUACAACAGAUGAAUUAUUGACCGAAAAAGAAAAUGUCGAUAUCACUGAAUCAAGUUCAGAUUCCGAAAACGAGAAUCUAUCAUCGUCUUCGUCUAACUUAACGUUUCCGCCAUGGGUUUCUAGCAUCAUAACGUCAAGUUAUCGAUCUUCAAACCGUAAAACUACGACAAACAAACGAAACGAGACGGAAUUUACUGGUAGUGUUAGAGAAGCAAUAUCGUUAUCAAAAACCACACCGUCGUGCCCACCUCCCUUAUGUUCAAUAUGUUUACACAAAGCACCUAUUGUCGUAAAACCGCCACGUUGGUUCACUUACGCUGAGCUGGAGCUUGCUACAGGCGGGUUUUCUAAAGCGAAUUUCUUAGCGGAAGGUGGGUUUGGGUCUGUUCACAGAGGCAUACUGCCAGAUGGGCAGGCGGUUGCAGUAAAACAACAUAAAUUGGCGAGUUGUCAGGGUGAUAAAGAGUUCUGCUCGGAAGUUGAGGUGCUUAGCUGUGCUCAGCACCGAAAUGUGGUUAUGUUGAUCGGAUUUUGUGUUGAAGAUGGAAAGAGGUUGUUAGUUUAUGAAUAUGUUUGCAACAGAUCAUUGGAUUUUCAUCUUUACGGAUGUCGUCAAGUCCCAUUAGAGUGGUCUUCGCGCCAAAAGAUUGCAGUGGGAGCUGCACGAGGACUGAGAUACCUUCAUGAAGAAUGCAGAGUAGGUUGCAUUGUUCAUCGUGAUGUGCGGCCUAACAACAUACUAGUUACCCAUGAUUUUGAACCUAUGGUUGGGGACUUUGGGCUAGCCAGGUGGCAGCCCGAUGGAGAUACAGGGGAAUCAACCCGAGUAAUCGGAACUUUCGGAUAUCUAGCUCCAGAGUAUGCAGAAAGUGGCCAGAUCACUGAAAAAGCGGAUGUAUAUUCCUUCGGGGUUGUGUUGAUGGAACUUGUGUCUGGAAGAAAAGCAGUUGAUCUUAAUCGACCCAAGGGCCAGCAAUGCCUCACGGAAUGGGCUCGCCCAUUGUUGGAAGAAGAUGCUGUUAACGAGUUAGUUGACCCGCGGUUAGGAAACUGUUAUUCAGAAGAUGAGGUUCAUUGCAUGUUGCAAGCCGCUUCUUUAUGUAUUAAAAGGGAUCCUCAUUUACGGCCUAAAAUGUCACAGGUGCUACGCAUAUUAGAGGGCGACUUAGUCAUGUCAUCCAGCCACACGUCAUCUCCAAUGUGUGAAGUGGUUAAACGAAGCGAUAUGAGGUGGACCAAUCAACAACAUUACCCCGGAUUGCUUUUGACCAAGUCAAUGGAAAGGUUUAACGGCAAACGUUCAUUGGACUCUAGUAGACCAUCUUCUUGGGAAGUAAGAUAAGACCAAGAUUUGAAGCACAGAAGCCAAUCUAGGCAUCUAAUCUAUAUAUACAUUAGUACCCCUAUGGUUUUGGUAAUUACUUGUGGGUUAUUAUAUUUAAGGCCAAUUAUUUUCUUUACUUGUCAAGCAAUCAUGUUAGUAGCCGUUGCCACUAGAAAACAUAUCCUUCGCUAAAUAUAAUAUCUGUCGGUGUCGGUGAAGUUUGAUCUA